AUGGUGGAGUUGUCGUCACACUUAUCAGUGUCCCUGUGGGAUGGUAUUAUACCCUCCAAAGAGCACGCCCAAUUCUGGAUUCAUACCACAAACAAGUACCGUUUUAUUGAUCAGGGAAGCAAUCUCCGUGGUAAAGAUUUUAACCUGACGAUGCACUGGCAUGUUAUGCCGAAGACUGGGAAGAUGUUUGCAGACAAAAUUGUCCUGAGUGGUUUUCGCCUGCCUGAGGCAUAUAGAUGAGGAUGUUUCUUGUUUGCGUGACUUUGCUGUAACUUUAGUCUUCCUUUAUUUAGUCAUAUCAAGGGGAACUAAAACAGUAAAAAAAUGAAAGAGGAACAAUUAUGAGAUCGAAAAUCUUAGGGAAAAAAUAUUUAUCGCCUUUCUGAAUUAAUAGAUCUCCUUACAGUUUGGGAG